AUGUUCAGCCCGGACGGGGGGCUGCCGGCCGCCCCCUUCGGCAUCCUGCCCGACGCCGGGCCGCCCUUUCCCCGCGGCAACUUCGACGGGGCGCCCGCCCAGCCGCUUUUCUUCCCCUUCGCCGCCGAGCCCGAGGCCAACCGCGACCCGCCGCCGGCCCGCGCCUGGCUGCCCCCUCCCGCCGGGCCGCCUGUCAAAACGGAGGCUCGCCCGGGCCGGCCCUGCAGCCAGCCUUCGCCCGAGCCCCGCGGGGCGGCCUGCUGCGGCCCGGCCUGGCCCGCCCCGCCCUGGGCCGGGCCCGCCGCUCCCGCCGCUCUGCCCGGCCCGCCUUUCCCCGGGCCCGCCGCCGCCGCCUUCCCCAGCCCCCAGCUCUGCCCCGCCGCCCUGCAGCCGAGCUCCGGCGGCCUCUCCGGCGUUGGCAGCAGCGGCAGCUCCAGCGGGGCCGCCAGCGAGGGUGGACAGUCUAGCGACAGCGGCGACGAGGAUGCACCAACCUCGGAAGAGCUGGAGCAGUUUGCUAAGGACCUCAAACACAAGCGCAUCAUGCUGGGCUUCACUCAGGCUGACGUGGGGCUGGCCCUGGGCACUCUCUACGGGAAGAUGUUCAGCCAGACUACCAUCUGCCGCUUCGAAGCGCUCCAGCUCAGCUUCAAGAACAUGUGCAAGCUGAAACCACUGCUGCAGCGUUGGCUCAACGAGGCAGAGAACACGGACAACAUGCAAGAGAUGUGCAAUGCAGAGCAAGUGUUGGCCCAAGCCCGGAAGAGAAAACGCAGGACCAGCAUCGAGACCAAUGUGAAGGGGACACUGGAGAGCUUCUUCCGCAAGUGUGUGAAGCCCAGCCCCCAGGAGAUCUCCCAGAUCGCUGAGGACCUCAACCUAGACAAAGAUGUGGUCCGGGUCUGGUUCUGCAACCGGCGUCAGAAAGGCAAACGGCUGCUGCUGCCCUUCGGAAACGAGGCGGAGGGGGUGAUGUACGACAUGAACCAGUCCUUGGUGCCCACCACCCUGCCCAUCCCAGUGACGUCCCAGGGCUACAGCCUGGCACCCUCCCCUCCCGUCUACAUGCCUCCCUUUCACAAAGCCGAGAUGUUCCCUCAAGCGCUGCAGUCUGGGCUGUCCAUGAACAACAGCAGCCACUGAACCGGGGGCUGCGGGGGCUGGCGUGGUGCUGCCCCACACGGUGGCUGGGCUGGCUGUCUGGGGGCAGCUCCUCCCCACUUUGCCCUGAGAAGGCACAGGCACAGCCCUGCUCCCAGGCCCUCGCUGGGCUGCCUUGAAGCUUUUGGCGUGGCAGGGGAAGGGCUGGGAUCCCAGCCCCAGGAUGGUGCCUGCCCUCUGUGGUUGCUCCCAGCCCUUCCCAGUUAUGUGAGUUUACUGGUUCCAGCAGUGUCUGCCCCCCUCCUACCGCUUCUAGGGGGCCAGCUGCCUCUGCCUCACUGUAGCCCAUCAAAGCCAGAUGUGCCUGGGGUGCUGAGCAGGGCCCCUGCACCCAGCCCAGCCAAGCUGCUCUCCUCCAAGACCCAAAAUAAGUAUUUUUCUAGAUUUUUUUUU